GGUGUCUGUCAGUGGACUCAGCGGGCACAGUGGGGUUCUGCGGUCCGACCGGCCACCUCCGCACAGCGCCGACACAGCGCCGACAGGAGGCGGACCAGCGCGCAGCGGACCGUGCUGCUGACGGACACAGCUGACGGACCGCCGACAGGACCAUGACCAGCGCCGCCGGCCUGACCGUGCUGCUCGCCUCUCUGACCCUACUGGGCUCGGCUGUCUCCGCGCCCGCCGGCCAGGGCUCCCGGCUGGUGGCCGGAGUGCUGGGCUCGCUGCGUGACGACGUCAACCGGACGUCAGCGGGCGGCCGGAGCGCCGUCCAGACGCAGGGUCUGCAGGAGUCGGCCGUGGGGGAGGGUGGCUCGGCCGCCGCCGUGGGUCGCACCGCCGCCGCCAGCACUCCGGGCGGCCGGCAGACGUCGAGCAGCACGGUGCUGGCGGCGGGUGCGGCCGACCCCGGCAAAGGCGGCCUUUCGGCUACCAUUGGAGAGAGCGAGGGAGGCGCCGGCACCGGACCCGGCCGGGCCGAGUCAGACGGGACGGCGUUGAUCGGCAGCAUUGCCGUGAAUGACGGCCGAAUUUCCACGUCCACGGCCAUAGUCAGCACCCGGGGCGACUCCGACAAAGGCACGGAGGUGGGCGCCAUCGGUCUGACGUCAUCCGAGGGCCGCGGCGGCACCGCCAAAGGCGUGCAGUUUGGCGGCUCCCGGACCGGACCGGCCACCAAGGGCACCUCGCAGACAGAGCUGACCAUCGGCUCGUCGGUCGCCGAUGUGGGGACCCAGGUGUCGGUCGCCGGCGGCUCGGAGGCCACCCGUAAGGAGCCGGUGGUGACACAGGAGGACCACUCACAGGCGGAUGCCGUGAAGCAGGCCAAGCGCCUUCUGGCCCUCAGCGCGCAGAAGGAGCCGCCGGAGGAGCCGCUGAACUCCGGCUCCAAGGGCGCGCCCGUCGACGUCAAGGUCAAGGUCACGCCCAAAGGCGGCCAGGUCAAGGUCGAAUCGCUGACCGAGUCUCAAGUCAGCCUGCCGGGACCGUCCCACUCGGCAGGAGGUCUUCAGUCCACCGCCCGCUCAGCGGACGGCCGCCGGACCAGUCAGAGCGCUGUGUUCGGGGCCUCUCAGGCCGACCCGGGCCCCGGCGGUAUAUCGGCCAGCGUUACCACCACCGACGGCGCCGGACGCGCCGGCACCAACCGCGCCGGAACCAACGCGGUGCUUCUGACGGGCAGCAUCGCGCUCAAUGACGGCCGAUUCUCCACGUCGACGGGAAUCGUUCGCUCGUCGGGCGACACGGCCAAGGGCACCAAGACGGACGCCCUGGCUCUGACCAACUCGGUCGGCCCGGACGGCGCCGCACACGGCGUCCAGCACACGGCCGCCAGUACCGGCUCCUCUCAACAGUCGUCCUCUGCCGCUGACGUCACCGUCGGCUCCAGGGUCGGAGACGUGGGCAGCUCUGUCAACGUCGGUGGCGGUACGCAGACUACCAAAUCGUGAUCCCAACCCAUGGAGGGUCGCCGCGGACCGUCCGGUGACCCCUGGAGGACCGCCACGGACCGUCCGGGCGGAUCGGUGACCCCUGCACUCUUGAAGGCCGAGUUUUUCGGAAGUCUUUGUCAAAUUAUGGUCACAGCGCACUCCACACGGACACCCGAUUUGGACGAGAAAUACACCACAAUAACAACAGCCACUUACUUUGUUCAACUCAUAACUUCAGUGACACCCUCUGUGAAAAAUAGAUUUUUGUUUGCUAGAAAUAAACGAAAUUCAGGAUCCCGGGAUGACCUUCGCCGUCGGUGAUUCGUGAAAGAAUAUCAGCUUUGUAGGAAUAAAUCUGGUUAGGAAGUUUUCUGGGAGUUAACCUGAAAAUGGCUGUCAAAUAACAUUGAAGCCGAGCCUUAGAAGCAUGCUACAUAUAUUUGUUAACGGAUGUGAAUCACUACAGAGCUACUGCUGUCAAUGUCAAUGUUAUCCCGGUUAGAGUAAUGUUUGCAAUACAAGAGUUACCCGGUGA